CGGCUCGGGGAGUUAUUUGACGCUGCCGUCCCUGGCAGUCGGAAGUUGCCUGAGCAGCGCCUAACCUGCCGGCCCGACCGGCCUUCGUCGUCCCCAAGCGCCCUCGGAGAGUCGCUGACCGGUGGACGGACCGACCGCCUGAGGACAGCCGGCUGGGGCAGCGAAAACGCCCGCCCUAUGUCGCAGGUGGCGUGAGGCGGAAGGCCGAUUGCGGCCGGCGGUGGCGGCGCCCGCCCCAGCGAUGCGGGCCCCGCCCGUCGCCUCAGGGCACUCCAUUCUUCCAUCCUCUUCUAUCCUGGAACCUAGCGAGGAGGAUUCCCUCAUGCUGUGCCAUUUGGAUAGUCCUUUAGCGGCACGAUGUACUCUGAAUGGAGGUCUCUGCACUUGGUGAUUCAGAAUGAUCAGGGCCACACCAGCGUGCUGCACAGCUAUCCAGAGAGCGUUGGGCGAGAGGUGGCCAGUGCCGUGGUCCAUCCUCUCGGGCAGGCCUUAGUGACUCCUUCAGUGGCGGGCAGCGAGAGUUUGUUGAAAACUGACAAAGAAGUAAAAUGGACCAUGGAAGUAAUUUGCUAUGGACUGACCCUUCCAUUGGAUGGAGAGACUGUAAAAUAUUGUGUUGAUGUAUAUACAGAUUGGAUUAUGGCUUUAGUGUUGCCGAAAGAUUCUAUUCCAUUGCCAGUUAUUAAAGAACCUAACCUGUAUGUUCAAAGUAUACUAAAACACCUACAAAAUCUUUUUGUACCAAGACAGGAACAAGGCUCCAGUCAGAUCCGACUAUGCUUACAGGUCCUGAGAGCCAUUCAGAAACUGGCCCGUGAGUCAUCCAUCAUGGCCCGAGAAACCUGGGAAGUCUUACUGUUAUUUCUCCUGCAGAUUAAUGACAUACUUCUAGCCCCGCCAACUGUUCAAGGUGGCAUUGCUGAGAACCUGGCAGAGAAGUUGAUUGGUGUUCUCUUCGAGGUUUGGUUACUCGCGUGUACUCGGUGCUUCCCAACACCUCCAUAUUGGAAAACAGCCAAGGAGAUGGUGGCUAACUGGAGGCAUCACCCCGCCGUGGUGGAGCAGUGGAGCAAGGUCAUCUGUGCGCUCACUUCCAGAUUGCUACGCUUUACAUAUGGUCCUUCAUUUCCUCCAUUUAAAGUUCCCGAUGAAGAUGCCAGUCUGAUCCCUCCUGAAAUGGAUAAUGAGUGUGUUGCACAGACAUGGUUUCGCUUUUUACAUAUGUUAAGUAAUCCCGUGGAUUUGAGUAACCCAGCCAUUAUAAGCUCUACUCCCAAAUUUCAGGAACAGUUCUUGAAUGUGAGCGGAAUGCCGCAAGAGUUGAAUCAGUAUCCCUGCCUUAAACAUCUGCCUCAAAUAUUUUUUCGUGCCAUGCGUGGAAUCAGCUGUCUGGUGGAUGCAUUCUUAGGCAUUUCUAGACCCCGAUCAGACAGUGCUCCUCCAACACCUGUGAACAGAUUAAGUAUGCCUCAAAGCACUGCUGUCAAUACCACCCCACCACAUAACCGGAGGCACCGGGCUGUUACGGUGAAUAAGGCCACCAUGAAAACAAGCACAGUUAGUACUGCUCAUGCCUCGAAAGUUCAGCACCAGACAUCCUCCACUUCUCCUCUGUCAAGUCCAAAUCAGACUAGUACAGAACCCCGGCCACUGCCUGCCCCUCGGAGACCAAAGGUUAACAGCAUCUUGAAUCUCUUUGGAUCAUGGUUAUUUGAUGCAGCAUUUGUUCACUGUAAACUUCAUAAUGGGAUAAACAGAGACAGCAGCAUGACUGCAUCUUUUAUCCAAAUUCUUCUUUCUUAUAAAUCUUCCAUUACAACACAAGCUAGCAUGGAAUUUCGACGGAAAGGGUCACAAAUGUCCACAGACACCAUGGUUUCCAAUCCUAUGUUUGAUGCAAGUGAAUUUCCUGAUAACUAUGAAGCAGGAAGAGCUGAGGCUUGUGGGACACUGUGUAGGAUUUUUUGUAGCAAGAAGACUGGAGAAGAGAUUCUGCCAGCUUAUUUAUCCAGAUUUUACAUGCUUUUAAUUCAAGGUUUGCAGAUAAAUGAUUAUGUGUGCCACCCUGUCUUGGCCAGCGUUAUUCUAAACUCCCCUCCUUUGUUCUGCUGUGACUUGAAAGGGAUUGAUGUUGUGGUUCCUUACUUUAUUUCAGCUCUUGAAACCAUUUUGCCUGACAGAGAACUCUCCAAAUUCAAAAGCUAUGUAAAUCCAACAGAAUUGAGAAGAUCUUCCAUUAAUAUCCUGCUUUCUUUGUUGCCCCUCCCUCAUCACUUUGGCACAGUCAAAUCUGAGGUGGUCCUGGAAGGAAAGUUUAGUAAUGAUGACAGCUCUUCUUAUGAUAAACCAAUAACUUUUUUGUCCCUGAAGCUGAGACUUGUGAAUAUACUAAUAGGUGCCUUGCAAACGGAAACAGACCCCAACAACACUCAAAUGAUAUUAGGGGCAAUGUUAAAUAUUGUUCAAGAUUCAGCACUUUUAGAAGCCAUUGGUUGCCAAAUGGAGAUGGGUGGUGGAGAAAAUAACCUGAAGAGUCAUAGUCGCACUAAUAGUGGUAUUAGUUCAGCAAGUGGUGGAAGCACAGAGCCUACAACACCCGAUAGUGAAAGACCUGCUCAAGCUCUUCUAAGAGAUUAUGGAUCGACAGCUCUUAAUACAGAUUCAGCUGCUGGGCUCCUGAUUCGCAGCAUUCACCUCGUCACCCAAAGACUCAACUCCCAGUGGCGGCAAGACAUGAGCAUAUCGCUGGCAGCUCUAGAGCUCCUCUCUGGCCUGGCAAAGGUGAAGGUGAUGGUGGAUUCAGGAGACCGGAAGCGAGCCAUCAGUUCCGUGUGCAGCUACAUUGUGUACCAGUGUAGUCGGCCAGCUCCUCUUCACUCCCGGGAUCUGCACUCCAUGAUCGUGGCCGCUUUCCAGUGUCUCUGUGUCUGGCUGACAGAGCACCCCGAUAUGCUCGAUGAAAAGGACUGUCUUAAGGAAGUAUUGGAGAUUGUGGAACUGGGUAUUUCAGGAAGUAAGUCCAAGAGCAGUGAACAAGAGGUCAAGUACAAAGGAGAUAAGGAACCGAACCCUGCAUCUAUGAGGGUCAAGGAUGCUGCUGAAGCCACGCUGACAUGUAUUAUGCAGUUGCUUGGCGCAUUUCCUUCCCCCAGUGGUCCUGCCUCUCCUUGUAGUCUGGUGAACGAGACCACUUUGAUUAAAUACUCCAGGCUGCCAACCAUAAACAAGCACAGCUUCCGGUACUUUGUCCUGGAUAACAGUGUCAUCCUGGCCAUGCUGGAGCAGCCUCUUGGAAAUGAGCAGAAUGAUUUUUUCCCCUCCGUCACUGUGCUGGUCCGGGGAAUGUCUGGAAGACUCGCUUGGGCACAGCAGCUUUGCCUUCUACCCAGAGGAGCAAAAGCAAACCAGAAGCUUUUUGUGCCUGAACCUCGUCCAGUUCCUAAAAAUGAUGUUGGAUUUAAAUAUACUGUGAAACACCGACCAUUUCCUGAAGAGGUGGAUAAGAUUCCUUUUGUGAAAGCAGAUCUGAGCAUUCCAGAUUUGCAUGAAAUCGUCACUGAAGAAUUAGAAGAGAGACAUGAAAAAUUAAGGAAUGGCAUGGCUCAGCAGAUUGCUUAUGAAAUACACCUUGAACAACAAAGUGAGGAAGAAUUGCAGAAGAGAAGUUUUCCUGAUCCAAUUACGGAUUGUAAGCCCCCACCUCCCGCCCAGGAAUUCCAAACAGCACGCCUUUUCCUGUCACACUUUGGAUUUUUGUCCUUAGAAGCAUUGAAGGAACCUGCAAAUAGUCGUCUACCUCCUCACCUUAUUGCACUUGACGCCACAAUACCUGGAUUUUUUGAUGACAUUGGGUAUCUGGAUCUCUUGCCAUGUCGUCCCUUCGACACAGUUUUUAUUUUCUAUAUGAAACCAGGCCAGAAAACAAACCAGGAGAUUUUAAAGAAUGUGGAGUCUUCCAGAAAUGUUCAGCCACAUUUCCUAGAAUUUUUGCUCUCCCUUGGCUGGUCAGUAGAUGUGGGCAGACACCCUGGUUGGACUGGGCACGUUUCCACCAGUUGGUCUAUUAACAGUUGUGAUGAUGGUGAAGGACCCGAACAAGAUGAAGUGAUUUCCUCUGAAGAUGUCGGGGCUAACAUUUUCAAUGGACAGAAGAAGGUGCUGUAUUACGCCGAUGCCCUUACGGAAAUAGCUUUUGUGGUUCCUUCUCCUGUGGAGUCCUUAACUGAUUCAUUGGAAAGUAAUGUCUCAGACCAAGAUAGUGAUUCAAAUAUGGAUCUUAUGCCAGGAAUCCUGAAACAGCCGUCCCUAACACUUGAGCUUUUCCCUAAUCACACAGACAAUCUUAAUUCCUCACAAAGGCUCAGUCCCAGUUCCAGAAUGAAGAAGCUGCCUCAGGGUCGCCCUGUGCCUCCCCUCGGACCUGAGACAAGAGUUUCUGUAGUCUGGGUAGAACGCUAUGAUGAUAUAGAAAACUUUCCCCUCUCAGACCUGAUGACAGAAAUCAGUACUGGUGUGGAAACUACUGCAAAUAGUAGCACUUCUCUGAGAUCCACCACUCUUGAAAAAGAAGUUCCUGUCAUCUUCAUCCACCCGUUAAACACUGGAUUAUUCCGGAUAAAAAUUCAAGGAGCCACUGGAAAAUUUAACAUGGUCAUCCCUCUUGUGGAUGGGAUGAUUGUCAGCAGGCGAGCACUCGGUUUUCUGGUGAGGCAGACUGUAAUUAAUAUUUGUAGAAGAAAGAGACUGGAGAGCGACUCCUACAGUCCGCCACACGUUCGCCGGAAACAGAAAAUCGCCGACAUUGUCAACAAGUACCGGAACAAGCAGUUGGAGCCAGAGUUUUAUACUUCGCUCUUCCAGGAGGUUGGACUCAGAAGCUGCAGUUCUUAGACCACUGUCUGUCUAGGACUCUUGAACUUCAGUUUGGGGCCAUAAUAUCAAAGCAAAACAAUUGAAUAGGUGAUCACUGUAAAAAUAAAAAACAUCACUCCCCAAGAGCUUACUGUUUAAUCACCAGAUAGAAGAAACAUUAUAAACCCAUUUGAUAGAAGACUUCUGGCUUUCUAGUGAAAUGGGCUCCCAGACACAAUCAUACUCCUGCUGGUAAUGAUGAUAUACAUUUUAGCCAUAAACUUCCUUUUUAAAAUGAUAAUUUUAGUUAAAUCUAAGCCUUUUGAGGAGAAAGGCUUUUAUGCAUCUCAGUUAAACACGUGCAUUGGUAGUAUCAAAUUUGCAAAUUAGAAGUUGAAGAUAGUUUUAUACCUCACUUUUUAGGAGGUUGUGUCCAAAAUUAAAAUCUGUCUCAGAAUCUUCCAGGACAUUUAAAGACUCUUGUUGACAGCGUGGAGGAGAAGGAAAGAAAUCUCAUCUUUCUGCUCGCUCGUAGGUCCAUUUGUCAUCCAACUGUCCAGCUGACAGAAAAGAACAUAAAUGUUUUCUGCUCAGAUAAGAAGUCUGACAUUAAAAUAUUUCAUUCUCUCUCCAAUUUCAAAAAGUUGUUGUUCUCAUCAAUGCACAGACCUGACUGAAGGCCUUAGUUUCUGGGCGGCCCAGGAACAGAUCUAAAAUGGAGGCACAGCCUUGUCCUUUAUUGGGGGUGCAAAUGGAGUUUGUGGGGUUAAAUGCUAUGACAGCAGCAAUGCCUCCACUUUCGGCAGUGUUGUCUAGCUCCGUGAUACAAUGACAGGUUACACAUUUGUAAUUCCUUGGUAAUUUCUUGGUUAAAUAGUAAGAAAUGUAAAUUUAUAACAAGGAUUGAAAAUUAUUUGGUUUUUUUCCACUGUCUCUUAUUUCAGGACCAAGCAGGAGACUGCAGUAGUUUAUGAAGGAUUCUAAUUUGUGGUUCAGGAAAUAGCCUCUCACCGCUACUAAUUCAGAUCUCUCCCAGAGAGCUACUGGUUCCAUCAUCAUUGACAAACAUUAGUGACCACCCUUUCGGGCGGCUGCUGAUAGAAAUGGCUGUUGUUGUCAUUUGGAAAUUCUUCUGUUACCUCGCUGCUACUUUUCUGCCAGGGAUAAAUGUUUUGAGGUGGCCAGACCCAGAACUUCUUUACAAAGAUUCCUGUUACAGUGCUAGAGUAUACACUGCUCAUUUCUCCUAUUCUUAUGUGCGUUCUUCUUUAUUAAGAUUAUUUUAUGUUAAGACAAGUGACAUUUAAAGUCCAAAGAAGAGUGAUCACAGUUGUAUAGGGGUGAUUUCACACUUGAACUCUGAUGUCAGUAGAUUCUGUAGGUCAGGGCUACAAUGGCCUGUUUGGUUUGAUGUUUUGGUAGUUUAAUUAGGGGGUGUGGGAUAGUGUAGGGCCUAAAUCCCUGUGCAGAUAUUUUUGUUCCAGAAGUGUGUAUUUUGUCAUCUGUAAGCAAGAAAUGUGGGCAUAAUGGCUCUUGGUUUUAAGUUUGCCGUACUUUUCUUCUUCAUGUUUGUUUUAAGCUCAGGUAAAGGAAACCUCCACCUUCUAUGACUCCAGUUUCCAUUCAGGUAUAAUGUUUUUCAGUAAUUGAUUUUCUUUUUCAUUUGGGCAAUAAAUUGAUGUUUCGAGAUGGUAGCAUGGGGGGAGGGGAUUAUGAUAAAGUUUAGCAAGUUCUACCCUGAAAAUGUUUUCAUAGCUCAGCAGGUAUAAGGUGAGGUUUAACAACUUUCAUGGAAAUUCCAGAUUGAUGGUUCAAGGGGAAAAUGGGCCUUUGUUCUAGUGGACGUGAACAAAGAAGGCUUGUGUAACUCAUAACAUUCCAGAGGUUAAAAAUAACUGAUGUAGGUCUACUUCCCUCAGUGUGAUUUUUCAGAUAAAACUUUUACCUUUGGCUUCGUUUUACUGUCAGCAAAAUGUACUGUGGUGUGCAUGUCGGGGGUGGGCUUCCUGGUCCUUUAAUUUACUCUAAUUUCUGGCAAUUUUUUGUAAUUCGAAUGGCUUUGGUAAGUGAAUAGCUGUGUUGAAUGCAGUUUGUGAUCUGAAAGACUUUAUGGUCUCCCAGGGAAGGAGGGAUGGAUUCAGGACUGUGCAGCCCCCAAAGGCAUGAAGCCCCAGCAUGUAAGACACAGACAGUGUAGGACCGCUGGUUCCUUCCGCUCAAAAUAACAUCGACCUAAAAGGAGCGUGGUGAGGACCCUUGGACCUUUCACUGGUAUGGGUUUGAGUUCAUAGUCACUGAGUUCACCCAACUGCCCUUGUUAAGAGUCUUUGAGUAGAAUAAUGGCGGAGGAGCGUAUUUAAUCCCAAUGACAGUCUUUAGUCGUCCACGUGGUAGGUUUGCUAGCAUGUGAUCAUAACCUUUGGGGCGAAGCCAGGACGGCUUGGGCCGUGGCCUAAACAGUUUAGUUGCUGCAUGUGACAAGCGCACGAGGAGGUGGAUGAGCAUGGCAUUCAGUGACAAGGAAAGUGUCACCCAAGGGACAGAGGCAGGUAGUCCCUCCACUCCUUUCCCACAUUUCGGGGAUGGAGGCUUUCUUCCUCCUCCUCUAGCUGGGAGCACUGAGGACAGUGAGGGGAGCUUUUGUCAGGUUUAAUCCUUUCCUUGUUCAGCUACCCUCCCUUUGGUCCAGUGCUUCCGCCUCCCCCUCCACCCCCCCUGCUGCCCAUUGGCCUUUUGACUGGAAUAGUUACAAGGUAGGUCGACCGCCUCCUGCCCUGCCCGCCCCACACACACGGGCGCACAUUUGUACCUCCAUGCUGCCCUCCAUUCCCCAGUCCUCUACUUCAGGGCAGCCCAUUCUCCUCUGGACUCAUUUAUAAAUACAAAAACCUACAUCUUUGGCCAGUAAUGUCGUGAGGCCUCCACAAAUGGUUACUUCUGCCUACACUGAGGAAGUACUUGUCAGGCUCUGCAGACUGAUUUUUAGAGAGGCAGAGUCUUUGAGAGCAUUUAUUUCUGCUGGAAGGUGGAACUUUACCCAGAGUGGGAGUCAGCCUGGCUCAGAUGUGUUUUGCAGUAGAUGGUUAAAAAUGUAUUGAAGGUAAUUUGACACUCCUGCUGGCAGUAGUUCUCCAUUCAGCAUUUAAAAAUCCAUUCAGGUUAUGUCUUCAUAAAAAAAAAUUGAUUUCUCUGUUUACAUGAAACAAUGAGUUAUGUUAAAUGGUCUGUUGUAAGGAUUUCCAUGACAGCCUCUUUUCCUGAGACGGAGAGAUGGGAGGUAAUCCCCCAGCUCAAUGUGGAAUUAAACUGUGGGUUCUCAGUAGCUAAAGAAGCCAUGUACUGUAUAGUGUUUUUCUUAGGGUAUCAACUCAUGUUCUUCAGAUGCUUUUUUCUUUUUUUUAAUGGUGAGGGAAAAGGUAUAAUUUGGGAUUCCACAGUGCCUUGCAUACAGUAGGCGCCCAAUAAAUACUUGUUGAAGCAAAUGAAGUUUCCCAAGUCCUCGUCUCUUGCAGUGACCAACAUCUUUCUCCUCCAAAGGGCUUGGCAGUUGUGGCUAAAAAUAAGCAGUAUCAUUCUGUGCUUGAAAUCAUAUAUACAAUUUGUAUGAAUUUCGGUAUGUUGCCAAGACAUGAUCUUUUUCUUAUUGUAUUUUCUGUAAAUAUUUCUGGCACUGAACUGUAAAGUAAAGGCGAAAUGUAAAUAUGAA